GCUAAAAUAUGAAGCUCUACUUUUUUGUGAAGUAUCUACUUUCACCUCUCCUCCAUUGAUCAUCCCAGCUCCACGCUACUUGAGAAGCUCUGCUCUAUUUCUCUUUCAGUACAUACUUGCAUACUACAUAGACUCCCUCUCUUUCUCUCUCUAAAAUUUCUGCAUCAGCUCAGUGAUUUGCUAUCGAAAAAUAAAAGAAGGAAGAAAAUGCAUUCAACUCAUUUGCUUCUGGAAGAGCCAAUUCGGAUGGCUUCAAUUCUUGAGCCAUCAAAGCCUAAUUUCUUUCCAGCAAUGACGAAGAUUGUUGGGACUCUGGGCCCCAAAUCGCGUACUGUGGAGAUCAUUUCUGGUUGCCUCAAGGCCGGAAUGUCUGUGGCACGAUUCGAUUUCUCGUGGGGUGAUACUGAAUUCCACCAGGAGACUUUGGAGAACUUGAAGGUGGCUAUUAAGAGUACAAAGAAGCUCUGUGCGGUUAUGCUAGAUACCGUGGGUCCUGAGUUGCAAGUUGUGAACAAAACAGAGCAUCCUAUCUCACUCAAGGCUGAGUCCCUUGUAACACUAACCCCUGACCAAGACAAAGAGGCUUCUUCAAGUUUGCUCCCUAUUAAUUUCACUGGGUUACCAAAGGCAGUUAAAGCUGGAGAUACUAUUUUCAUUGGUCAGUACUUAUUCACUGGAAACGAAACGACUUCAGUGUGGCUUGAGGUGACUGAGGUUAAAGGUGAGGAUGUUGUAUGUCUUAUAAAGAACUCAGCUACAUUGGCUGGCUCCUUGUUCACUUUACAUGUCUCUCAAAUUCACAUCGAUCUGCCAACCCUGACUGACAAGGAUAAGGAGGUUAUAAGCACCUGGGGUGUGCGAAACAACAUAGACUUCCUUUCUCUGUCAUACACACGGCAUGCAGAAGAUGUUCGACAUGCUCGUGAAUUUCUCUCUAAACUGGGUGAUCUCAGUCAGACCCAUAUUUUUGCAAAGAUUGAAAAUGUAGAGGGGUUAACUCACUUUGAUGAGAUCCUACAAGAAGCAGAUGGCAUCAUCCUCUCUCGUGGAAAUUUGGGAAUAGAUCUCCCCCCUGAGAAGGUAUUUCUAUUUCAAAAAGCUGCUGUUUACAAGUGCAAUAUGGCUGGGAAACCUGCUGUGGUUACACGUGUUGUAGAUAGUAUGACUGACAACUUAAGACCCACUCGUGCCGAGGCAACUGAUGUGGCCAAUGCUGUAUUGGAUGGUAGUGAUGCAAUUCUUCUAGGUGCAGAGACCCUACGUGGGUUAUACCCUGUUGAGACUAUUUCUAUUGUUGGUAAAAUUUGUGCUGAGGCUGAGAAAGCUUACAAUCAAGAUCUCUAUUUCAAGAAAACUGUCAAGUAUGUUGGAGAACCAAUGACCCACUUGGAAUCUAUUGCUUCCUCUGCGGUUCGAGCUGCCAUUAAGGUAAAAGCAUCAGUUAUCAUUUGCUUCACUUCAUCUGGAAGAGCUGCAAGAUUGAUUGCAAAAUAUAGGCCAACAAUGCCUGUAUUGUCAGUUGUUAUUCCUCGGCUCAAGACGAAUCAGCUCCGCUGGACAUUUAGUGGUGCUUUUGAGGCGAGGCAAUCUCUUAUAGUCAGAGGCCUUUUCCCUAUUCUUGCAGAUCCACGACAUGCAGCUGACUCUACAAAUGCGACCAACGAGUCAGUCUUGAAGGUGGCAUUGGAUCACGGGAAAGCCUCUGGUGUCAUAAAACCGCAUGAUCGAGUUGUUGUUUGCCAAAAAGUGGGUGAUGCAUCUGUGGUCAAGAUCAUUGAGCUUGAGGAUUGAAUCCUAAAAUGUCAUCUUCCAUUAUCUGUGUUUUCCGCUUUGACGAAGCUUCAGGGAUUAUUUUACUAUGGUUUCCGAAAAACCUGUUGACAACUUUCUAGUCCCCAUUGUGUAGAAUGCAAUAAGUUAGACUGGCACCUGUAGAUUAAAGUGCCUUCCGCGUGUGGGUGUGAAGGAAGAAAACAUGGUUGCUUUGUUAUUGAUAGAGCAAGUCCUAUUACUAUCCUGUCUCCUUAUGAAGUAUAUUCCUUUUACCAUUUAGCAUCUUUGAAAGGAUUUACCGAAA